AUGGACGAUUACUGCGAGAUGAAUCACUCCAGCACUGACGCUGUGGGGCUGGCUGAAGGAUCCCUCGAUGUUGGGCAUGUGACCCUCCGGUCCCUCACCGUGGUUGUGUCCCUUUGUGGACUGGCGGGAAAUGGAAUUGUGAUCUGGUUUGUCCGUCUGUCUCACAAGAAGACCUCCUUCCUCAUCUACAGCCUCAACCUGGCCAUCGCAGACUUCAUGAAUCUCAGCUUCCAGAUUCUGUUCUCUGUCCGCCAGAUCCUGAAGCCGUUCCUCCACCGCUGCUUUGGUCUUCAUGCCCUCUUUAUGGUCCUGAGGUGGUUCUUCUACCUCGCUGGCCUGAGCAUCAUGACCGCCAUCAGCUUCCAGCGCUGUCUGUCUGUCCUCUUCCCCAUCUGGUAUCGGUGUCAUUGCCCCAAGCACCUGUCGGCCAUCGUGAGCGCCCUCCUUUGGAUUCUGACCUUUUUGUUAAACACGCUGAGAGGUUAUGCCUGUGGUCAGUUAUUCACCAAAGAGAAAAAGUUCUGUGAUGGAUUUAAAACUGCCACCGCUGUGUCGGUCUUCCUUCAGUUCGCCAUCCUGGGCAUAUCCAGUCUGCUGUUGCUCCACCGAGUCCAGGGCAGCUCCCAGAAGCAUCAGCCCAGAAGGUUCUACCUGGUCCUCCUGCUCUCGUUCCUGGGCUUCCUCUUCGGCCUGCCCCUCAGCAUCAUCCGGUUCUACACAACCGAGAAAAAAAAUCACAUCUUCAAUGACAUCUGUGUCCUCUUGUGCUGCGUCAACAGCACGGCCAACCCUGCCGUUUACUUCUUCAUCGGGGGCCUUCAGAGGGAGCGGCCCACACAGAGCCUCAAGGCAGUCCUUCAGAGAGCCCUGGGUGAGGAGACAGAGGAUGCCGAGGACCAGAAAGUGAUUCCAGCGGGCAAAACGGAGAGCGUGGGCCUCUGA